UUUUAUAGGAAUGUUUAACUGAUGAAAUAGUCUUCAAUGUAAUUUAAAACCAGAAAAUAAAGAGAGUUCAUCUUGCCAGGGCGUACUUGCUGAUGAGAAACCUAUAUAAAAGCCCAAAGAUAAGCCAUUGAUAAGCAUCCCAAUUUCAAAACCAGGUGUGAAGGCUCUUCGAGGUUGAAAUGGCAUCUUUAACUCCUCUUUUGGUUGCUGUUUUCAUCUUUGCAAUGGCAGUUCAUCAACCACCAGUUGAUGCAAACAUCUCCAAGAGUAUGUAUAUCACCUGGGGCCACCAACAUACGGUAAUAACAGGUGGUGAAGAUCUCCAAUUGGUGUUGGAUCAAACUUCAGGCUCAGCUUGCCAAUCCAAGAUACCAUUCUUGUUUGGGAGCAUUGAAAUGCUAAUCAAGUUGGUUCCUGGAAACUCUGCUGGAACAGUCACAGCCUACUAUGUAUCCUCUACUGGGAGCAGGCAUGAUGAGAUUGAUUUCGAGUUUUUAGGCAAUGUUUCAGGACAACCUUAUAUCAUCCACACAAACAUAUACACUCUUGGAAAUGGAAGCAGGGAACAGCAGUUUUACCCAUGGUUUGACCCAACUGCUGAUUUUCAUAACUACACCAUACACUGGAACCCCACCGAAGUUGUGUGGUACGUUGACAGUAUGCCAAUUCGAGUUUUCCGAAACUAUGAGAACGAGGGGAUUGCUUACCCCAACAAGCAAGGGAUGAGGGUCUACUCAAGCUUAUGGAAUGCUGACAACUGGGCAACUAGAGGUGGGCUUGAAAAGAUUGACUGGAAAAGUGCCCCCUUCAGAGCAGGAUUGCGUAGAUUUAGGGCUAGGGCAUGCAAAUGGAAUGGACCUGCCAGUAUCAGCCAAUGUGGUUCAAGCUCCCCUGCUAACUGGUGGACUUCCCCAACAUACAGCCAGUUGAGCUAUAAUAAGAUGGGUCAGAUGAAGUGGGUAAGAGAUAACUACAUGAUCUAUGACUACUGCAAGGACACUAAAAGAUUUAACAGCCAGAUGCCCCCUGAGUGUUUUAAACCACAAUACUAAUAGAAGCAGCAGCAGCCCCAACUCAUAACAGGAGGGACCAUGGGAAGAGGAAUAAUUUAGCAGAUUCAUUUCUUCAUUGCAGCUACCGGAAGCUGAGGAAUUACAUUUUUACUGCAUUUGGUUUUGACUGUAUCGAUUUUAUUCUUUUUGUUUUUAUUUCCAUCACAUCAUUUUUAUAUUUGUAUUUGAGUUUCCCGGAAUAAAUGCAUCGUUCUAAUACGAGCUAUUGCUAUGUAUUACAAGGGCUUGUUAAAGAUCAAUUCACUGAAGACACUCAAUAAACCAAAAUCUAAUCAAGGAAAGAAACAUUAGAUGAAGUUUUCAUGUCCAACAUAGAAAAUAUAAAAGAGGAAAAACAUUUAAUGUUAAUCAAAUUGUGCACAAGCCAAACAGAAUGCAGCAAUUGUGACAAGCAGUAGUUACUGUCCUUCGGCUUUUCUCAUGAGGGCAAAAUCUAUGACACAAAUCAGAAGUUCACAUUGACUAAUAGGAACUAUUUGUUGUUUGGUGAUCUUAAGAUGUUUCCAUUCUCCUAGAGAGGAAGGACGCAACACUAAGUUGAAGUUCACUCUUAGCUGAAAACAUUAGAAAGCUAUGUCUUCCAGUGCAAGACAUGACACUAUCUCUUAGAACAUAACACAUACUUGUUGCCCAAAUAAACAGACAUUAAAAGAACAAGACAUCAACAGCAAGUUAGAGCCAGACAUCACACUAUAUCCUAGAAUAAUGCAAUCAAAUAUCUUUCGCAACUGGCACCAAUAAGCACAAGCUAGAUCCACCAAAACUUAAAGCAAAUUAUACAAUCUAACCAUUCUAAAAUUCAAUUUACAUAGCUCUGGAUCGAUUAUCAAAUAAAUGGAUAUAGACAAAAAGUAAAAGAGAACUCAAAAGAGACAAGGCAAACAGCAAAUACCAAGUGAUUUUCAGU